AUGGCAGCUCAUUAUUUGAUCUCCCAGUCCUACCUCCUGGAGGCCGAGUCGGAGAACGUCAUCAGAGGUAACUCGGCCGUCCUCAAGUGCAAAAUCCCCUCCUUCGUCGCCGACUUCGUCAGCGUCCAGGCCUGGGUGGAUGAUGAGGGGAACAAUUAUUACCCCAACGAGAAAUAUGUGGUGUACCAGGAUUACCUCACAGAGGCCGAGAACGAAUACGUCAUCAGAGGUAAUUCAGUCGUCAUGAAGUGCAAGAUCCCUUCCUUCGUCGCCGACUUCGUCAGCGUCCAGUCUUGGACGGAUACCGAAGGAGUGUCCUAUUAUCCUUCACAGGAUUAUGUCGUGGCCCAGGAAUACGAAACGGACGCGGACAAGGAGUACGUCAUCAAGGGCAACAAUGCCAUCAUGAAAUGCGAGAUUCCUUCCUUCGUCGCCAGACUUCGUCAGCGUCCAGUCCUGGUCGUGACCCAGGAAUACAAGAGCCGAGUCCACGACGAGGAUGUCCUUAAGGGCAACGCCGCCAUCUUGAAGUGCGUCAUUCCUUCCUUCGUCGCCGACUUCGUCAGCGUCCAGGCCUGGGAGGAUCUGGAAGGGACCGUUUACAGGCCCACGGAAGGCUAUGUGGUAUCCCAGGGCUACGUCACCCAGGUGGUGGACGAGAGCGUCCUGAGGGGCAACAGUGCCAUCUUGAAGUGCCUCAUACCCUCCUUCGUCGCCGACUUCGUCAGCGUCCAGGCCUGGGUAGACGGCGAUGGGCAGGCUUAUUAUCCCUCUGAGAAUUAUGGUUACCUCACCCAAGUCUUGGACGAGAGCGUCCUGAAGGGGAACUCCGCCAUCUUCAAAUGCGUCAUUCCUUCCUUCGUCGCCGACUUCGUCAGCGUCCAAAGUUGGCAGGACCUCGAGGGAGUCAGUUACGUCCCCACUGAGGAUUAUGUGGUGUCCCAAAAGUACCUGACGCAGGUGUGGGACGAGAGCGUCCUUAAGGGCAACUCCGCCAUUCUCAAGUGCGUCAUUCCUUCCUUCGUCGCCGACUUCGUCAGCGUUCAGUCCUGGGAGGACCUCGAAGGGAAGACCUACCUGCCCUCGGAGGAUUAUGAUGGCAAGUACCUCGUCCUUCCCUCUGGUGAGCUCCACAUCCGCUCCGUCAGCAGCGAAGACGGCUUCAAGAGCUACAAGUGCCGUACGAUCCACCGCCUCACUCAGGAAACGCGCCUCUCAGCUACCGCAGGUCGAUUGGUGAUCUCAGAACCGAUGGGUAGCAGCGGACCACAGUGGACUUCAAAGAGUGUUUUACAGUCCUUUAUAGUUAAGGCUGGACUUCCUACAACUCUCCUGUGCGAAGCUCAGGCGCAUCCUAGUCCAGGUUUCAGGUGGUUCAAGUUCAACGAAGGCGGAAGAAAAGCUCCUGUCGAACUCGGGGACCGCGUCAAACAAGUCGGUGGCACUUUGAUCAUCCGUGAGGCUAAAGUCGAAGAUUCUGGGAAAUAUUUGUGCGUCGUGAACAACUCAGUCGGUGGAGAGAGUGUCGAGACUGUCCUGACUGUAACUGCUCCCCUUUCUGCUCAAGUCGAACCCAAGGUCCAGACAGUUGAAUUUGGCAGACCUGCUACAUUCACUUGCACAUACAGAGGCAACCCAGUCAAGUCUGUGUCAUGGCUAAAGGAUGGUGCACCAAUCAACCAUAAGGAGGCAGUUUUGAGAAUUGACAGCGUCGGCCGUGAGGACAAGGGCAUGUACCAGUGCUUCGUCAGGAAUGACCAGGAAUCAGCCCAGGCUACUGCAGAACUGAAAUUGGGUGGACGAUUCGAACCUCCUCAACUGACCCAUACAUUUGACUCAAAGACCCUUCAACCUGGACCCUCUGUCUUCUUGAAGUGCGUAGCUGCUGGAAACCCCACACCAGAAAUCACCUGGGAACUCGACGGAAAUCGUCUCUCCAAUUCUGAAAGAUCUGAUAUCUUCCUGGAUGGAAUUGAUGGUUUAAAUACACUGGAAGAAAGGAUGCAAGUUGGCCAGUACGUCACAGUCAAUGGAGAAGUUGUCUCACACUUGAAUAUCUCAGCUAUUCACACCAAUGAUGGCGGUCUCUAUGCCUGCGUUGCCUCGUCCACUGUCGGAUCUGUGAAACACGCUGCACGACUUAACGUUUAUGGAUUGCCCUACAUCAGGCCUAUGGACAAGGUUGCAGUCGUUGCUGGAGAAAAUAUGGUUGUUCACUGCCCAGUUGCUGGUUACCCCAUUGAUUCCAUUGUUUGGGAAAUGAAGGGACGCAUGCUGCCAAUCAACAGACGCCAGAAGACCUUUGGCAAUGGAACACUCAUCGUAGAAGCUGUGCAGAGAUCUGCUGAUCAAGGAAGGUACACUUGUGUGGCCCGCAAUAGCCAAGGAUACACCGCUCGUGGAGAUCUCGACGUCCAAGUUAUGGCCAUUCCCGUCAUCAUGCCUUUCAUGAUUCCCCCUGAAAAUUUUGAGGGCGUGUCUAUCCAAGUUCUUUGCACGCUGUUGUCCGGCGACGACCCCAUAACUUUAUACUGGCUCAGGGAUGGCAUUAGCUUGAGCACAGAGAGCCUUGACGGCGCCACUAUAACCCCUGUAAACUCGAGAACGUCGAUGCUGGCCAUUCCUAGCCUGAGCCAGCAUCACUCUGGAGAGUACACUUGCGUUGCCACCAAUCGUGCAGGCCAGGCCAAACACAGUGUUACACUGACUGUCCUAGUCCCACCACGUUGGAUUGUAGAACCCGCAGAUAAAGCAUUUGCCCUUGGAAGUGAUGCUCGUCUGGAAUGCAAAGCCGAUGGCUUCCCAAGGCCCACUCUAGGAUGGAAAAAGGCUGCCGGUCGCACUCCUGGUGAUUACCGCGAUCUUGGCGUUGACAACCCCAAUGUUAAGGUAACUGAGGAAGGCACACUUCAGAUCAGCAACAUUCAGAAAUCCCAUGAAGGCUACUACCUCUGCGAAGCAAACAAUGGAAUUGGUGCCGGACUCUCCACUGUCAUCUAUGUACGAGUUCAGGCUCCUCCUCAGUUCAAAAUCCAGUACCGUAAUCAGACUGCCAGGCGUGGAGAAGAUGCUGUCCUUGAGUGUGAAGCUGAAGGAGAAACACCUAUUGGAAUCCUGUGGAGCAAGAACAAACUUAGCGUUGACCAAGCAGCUGAGCCAAGGUACACAAUCCGUGAGGAAAUGAGGGGUGGUGGUGUACACAGCAGCUUGAGCAUCAAAACCACUGACAGGUCUGACUCUGCUGUUUAUACUUGUGUUGCUACGAAUGCCUUUGGAAGUGCUGACACCAAUAUCAACCUCAUCAUCCAGGAACACCCUGAACAACCAAACAGCCUGAAGGUUUUGGACAAGAGUGGCCGAUCUGUGGAAUUGUCUUGGACCCCCCCUUACGAUGGAAACUCCCCCAUUACCCGUUACAUUGUUGAAUACAAACUCAGCCGACGCAACUGGGAAAAUGAUGGAGAACGCAUGAUGGUUCCUGGAAACCAGAACAUGGCUGCUGUCCUUGACCUCAGGCCCGCAACAACCUACCAUCUCCGCAUCAUUGCACGAAACGAAAUUGGAGACUCUGAUCCUUCUGACACUGUGACGAUCAUCACCGCCGAAGAAGCUCCAAGCGGCCCACCACGUGACCUAAAAGUUGAGGCUGUCGACCAGAGUUCUUUGAGAGUCACAUGGAAACCACCCCUCAGAGAAGAAUGGAACGGAGACAUCCAGGGUUACCAGGUUGGCUACAGACUCGCAGCAUCCAACAAUUCCUACGUCUAUGAAACCGUCGAAUUCAGCAAGGAAAUGGGAAAAGAGCAUCACCUCGUUAUUUCAAAGCUCCACGUCUACACAGAAUAUGCCGUAGUUGUCUCUGCUUUCAACAAGAUCGGCCAGGGCCCAAAAACAGAGGAAAUCCGAGCUUACACCGCUGAAGGUACUCCCCAGCAGCCACCUCAAGAUGUUACUUGCACCACCUUGACCUCCCAGACUAUUCGAGUAUCCUGGUCUUCCCCACCUCUUGCUACUGUACAGGGUGUCAUCAAGGGUUACAAGGUUAUUUAUGGACCUUCUGAUAAGUGGUAUGAUGAAGAGAGCAAGGACACAAAGAUUACUGGCUCCACUGAAACCCACCUUCAUGGCCUUCAGAAGUAUACCAACUACAGUCUCCAGGUUCUAGCUUUCACUUCUGGUGGUGAAGGAGUCCGAUCUCAGCCCAUUCAUUGUCAGACUGACCAGGAUAUCCCUGAAGCACCAACAUCCGUUAAGGCAUUGGUUAUGUCAGCUGAGUCUAUCCUUGUAUCAUGGCUUCCUCCUGAGCGUCCCAAUGGUAUUAUCACCCAGUACACUGUCUAUUACAAGGAACAUGGCCAGAGUGACAGUGAGGCUAUCCAACAGAAGUUGCUCCCAUCACAGCUGAACUUCGAAGCAUCCAAUCUGAAAAAGCGUGACAACUAUGUAUUCUGGGUAACUGCUUCAACCACAGUUGGCGAAGGAGAAAUGUCACAGUCUGUUCACUUGAAGCUCUCAAACAAAGUGCCUGCUAAGAUUGCAUCAUUUGAUGACGAAUAUGUUGCCACUUACAAGGAGGAUGUUAAACUGCAAUGCCAGGCUGUAGGUCUCCCAACCCCCGACAUCAGGUGGACUGUUCAUGGUGAACCAUUUGUCCCUGACGAUCGCAAACGCCUCCUGCCUGAAGGUUCUCUGUUGAUCCGUGAAGUUUCCCGUGAUGAUGCUGGUGAAUACACAUGCCAUGUUGAAAAUGCUUAUGGUCAGGACACUGUGACACAUGCUCUCCUUAUUCAAGCUCCUCCUCACCCACCUGAAAUUGAACUCCAGUCAACAACCACCAAUAGCAUUGAAGUUAAACUGAAACCAUCUGCCAUUGAUGACACCACCCCCAUCCAUGGUUACACUGUCUACUACAAGCCAGAAUUCAGCAACUGGGAAAGCGUGCAGGUUCCUUCUUCUACCCGUACUUACACUCUUGAAGACUUGUGGUGUGGCUCACGCUACCAGAUUUAUGCAUCUGCGUACAACAAGAUUGGCACAGGCGAAUCCUCCGAGAUCCUAAACACCCGCACAAAGGGCAAGAAGCCUGAGGUACCCGAAGUUCAUCGUUUUGUAGAAGUGUCCUCCUCCUCCAUCACCCUCCACCUUAAUGCCUGGCUUGAUGGUGGCUGCCCCAUGAACUACUUUGUUGUAGAAUACAAGGCAAGACAUCAGACUGAGUGGACAAUGGCUAGCAACCAAGUGAAACCAAUUGGAAACUAUGUUAUUAUGGAACUGACCCCUGCCACUUGGUACAACCUGCGCAUCUCUGCCCACAACAAUGCCGGAUCAUCCGUUGCUGAAUAUGAGUGUGCUACAUUGACCCUCACUGGUGCCACGUUGCCGCCAACUGUCAUGGAUUCGCGUGUUUCCUGGCUGCCCGAAUGGUGGCCCAAAUGGCUGGAUCUCAAUGUCCUGGUUCCUGUCAUUGCUACCAUCGUCGUGAUUAUUGUGGGCAUCGUUGUUAUCUGCGUGGCUGUGACCCGACGCAAGAAUGGCAUUGAGAACUUGAGGCUGCGAGAGGAAGUCUACCAGCAGUACCAGUACAACGCUAGUAUGCCCCCUCCAUCUACUAUGGACAAGCGACACCCAGGAUUCCGUGAUGAGCUAGGUUACAUCCCACCUCCCAAUAGGAAGCUUCCUCCAGUUCCUGGAUCCCAGUACAACACUUGCGACCGCAUCAAACGAGGUGGGGGGUCAGGUCGCGGCACACAUGCCACCUGGGACCCGAGACGACCUAUGUACGAGGAACUCUCCCUCCAUCCCCCCCCUGGACGGCGUAUCCCCCCUGGAGGGCCUCUACCACUCCAAGGCUCCCAGGAUACUCUGAGAUCAGGUGGCGACGACGAAAUCUGCCCAUACGCAACCUUCCACCUUCUUGGCUUCCGCGAGGAAAUGGACCCCCAGCAGGCCGGAAACAACUUCCAGACUUUCCCCCACCAGAAUGGCCACGGCUCCCAGCAGCACUUCGUCAACUCACCCGCCUCAAGGAGCAUGCCACGUCACGGGUCUGGCAACUACUACAGCUGCGUGUCUGGGGAUUAUACUUGUGGCCACACCCCGAACGAAGGUCACCAGCCCCGUCACGGAUCUGGCAACUACUACUCAUGUGUAGCUGGGGAAUAUGGCCCUGGUGGUCCUCCAAGCAGCACCUACUAUUCCACUGUCCCUGAUGACAUGGCCACUUCACGCAUGAGCAGCUCAACCUUCUCUCCAACGUAUGAUGACCCCGCUCGCUCCGAUGAAGAAAGUGACCAGUAUGGAGGAUCUACUUACUCUGGUGGCGGACCCUAUGCACGUGCCAUUGACUCCGUCUCCCAGUCUGGCACUGCUAAGCGCAUGAAUGGUGGUCCUAAUCCCAAAGCGACCUCCAACGGCUUCCCCAGCUCGCGGCCCAAGAGGCGCAGGUUCUUCAUGAACCGUGGCAGCACCUCUGGAAGCGCUGGACAUGGAUCCCCCGAGCCACCCCCACCCCCUCCCCCUCGCAACGGAGACCUGCCUCUGGAUUCCUCAGGACUCGGAUCCUCCUUGAACGACUCCAACAACUCCACGGCCUCCAAUCAGUUCUCUGAAGCUGAGUGUGACCACGACCUCGUACAGCGGAAUUACGGAGAAAAACAUAACGUACAAGUUAACCCAGUGAAGGCUACCAAGAGCACAGAGGAGAUGCGCAAACUCCUGGACAAAAAUGAAGCAGCCACCCACGUUCAAAAUGGAGGCCUAAGGAUGGUGGUAAGUGACGAGAUGAAUGUGUGAGGUCCUCGACGGCCCCAUUGAAGGACCUCAUUGAUCCUGUGCCAUAGGAGGCAACAAGCCUGGUUACCGCUCCCGUCACUGAACAUCACACUCGAUUGCUGAUACUCGACGCUAAUGAAGAUUCUGGUUUUUUGUUUUCUCUCUCUCUCUCUUUUUGAAGGAUUUCACGAAGAAAUAUCACCCCAGUGAGAUGGACUCAAGAUGUGAAUACAGAGGACUUGCCAGAGGUUUUUUAAUUCAGGAUUUUUAUGUUGGCCGCUUUUAUAAAGAAAUUUUCAUGAUGAUAUUAUUCAUUGAUCAUGUGAUUCUUAAUGGUGAAGCUCUCUACAUUUACAGCCAGGCAUAUCUCAGUAUCCCAAGAGUAAAAAGUUCGUCAUCAGUUAAUUCUUAGUUCUAAACGAAGCGAGUCCACUGUUUUCACGAGGGGUCGGAAUUUGAAGUGAAAAGCCACCACCAAAUCCUACAGGAACUUGAAGAAAAGUGUUCAUUGGGGUGCCCGAAGUCUUCUUUUAAUUGUUACUGCGUCACAGCCCGCCGCCCCCCUGCCCUUCGAAAAACCCCCCCGCUCAUGAGAUAAUUAAUUAAUUAACCUGCUGUGAACUCCAUUGUUGUACCCCCUCGUAACCACCACUGCAAGCCCCAGCCGAUGGACGUAUAAUAAUAAUAAUAAUUGCUUCUGAGUGUCUCUUGCAGUGUCGUGUGUAUCACAUACAUAGCAGUAUUCCUUUCUCUGUCUUGUGCUCGAAGAAGGUUCGGAGUCGUGUGUGAACUGUGGAAGUGCUUCUGAUUCUGAUGUUUCAGUGUGUGUGUGUCUGCACCAGUAAAAAUAUAAUUAUGAGGGCCCACACACCGUCAAGUUAAUAAUGCAUUUAUUAACUGCAUUUAAUCCCUUUUUCACCCAUAGCAAAAUGGACCAUAAGAUAUGCUAUGUGAUAGUACGAGGAGAAUACUAACUAAGUAUCGCUGUGUGUGUGUGUGUUUGCAUCAUCCGUGACGGUGCUACGUGGAAAAGUGACUCUCUCUCUUCGACUUGUUCGGUGUUCUAUGUACUUUUGUGAUACGACUCAAGUCUAGUCAGGAGCGGGGGAGGAGCAAACUGUGAAGAAGAGUGUAUGCUGGGAAAAUGUGACGCAGAUGAUGUAACCAGUACGCUCAUCGUUUCUUUUGUUUUAUGCCUGUUUUACCAACAGCAGCAGAAGCAGUAGUUCAGUUGAGAAGUGAGGCAGAGAGAGAUUGGCCUAACCAAGGAAUGAGUGUAUACAGUACUUGAGGUAGAGGAGUUCAUGGGAGGCAAAUUUUCCUUCAACUAAAAUAAAAUUUUUUGACCAUAGUAUAUGUCAUGUUGCCUACUGUAUUACAAUUUAUAUUCCAUAGGUGCUUUUACCUUCCUUUUACAUAACCUUUAUUACGUAUAGUAGCUCAGAGACCAAGGCAGGAUAUUAUACGAUUCCUUGGUCUGCUGGAGGCCUCCCUCUGUUGCACAAAUAUACGCCAUCAUCUCCCUGUCCACUUAACAAUGCAGCGUUCCUAGGUGUUGCUUGAUUUUUCGCAGCUUGCAAGACAAUAUAUGUGAUUUCACCAGCAAUUUUUUUGAAGCUCAGGUAUGAUUGCAUAUGGGUGCAUUAUUUUCUUAUUUGUUUGGUGAAUCUUAGGUUUAUUGCAAGAUCUAGAGAACAUAAAAUUGCUGGAGACUUCACACACAUCCAAAUGUCCGAUGUAUUUAAAGGCAUCUCGCUACGUAAUGUUUUUAUUUGUAUAUUGAAUUUUUCCAUCGAUUUUUAGGAACAAUUGGCAAAUUCUCAUUGUCAGUUCAUGUUUCUACUUAAGCUAUUUCUAUUGUAGCAUUUCUUAUGGAUCUAAGACAAAAAAAAAAUAAUGUUGGUGUAAGUACGUGUGCAUUGCUUCUUCUAUAGGAUUAGAGUGUGUGAAAGUGGAUUCUGUAUUAUAUUAUAAUAGAUGGUAAGUCAUUGCUGAAGUCAUACUCUAUAUAUUAUGUAUUGGCAGAUUUCUCAAGCAAAUAUCUGACAAUAGCUAUUACCGUACCCUGAAGUCCUUUUAAAUUUAAAAUAUUAAAACAGAAGUAACGUUUUGGUGGUUGUGGAAAAGCCAAGUGGUUGCUGUCAGGUUUACCCAGUGGGAUGAGGUCACCUGUGUACUAGACAUAAACAUGUACCAUGGAUAGUGCACAAACAUGUAAUGUCAAACUGAAAUGAAAAAGGUUGUUGAACAGUCGUCAGACCGCUGCGUAAACCUGCUUGCCGCUGCUAGUGAACUGUUGUUGAAGCCAAAACAUUUGCUGGUAUCUUCCAUAAGCUCAAGUGUUAAUACAUGUAGUUUCUUGAUGAUAAAUGUUUGCCAGUGUAAUCUUUUCCUGCCCGUAAAUAAGGUUCGUUAUUUCAUUUGCAGUUCAUUAGUAGUACAGGAGGUGCACUUAAUAAACACCAGAACUAUGUAGUAGACAAGUCAUGCUUUCUUAUCUAUGCAUUUGUACCAUUUUAACCAAAAUGAAGAAGAGGAAGUUGAUAGAAAUAUAUAAAAGGAAGGAAUGGAUCAGUCUAAUUCCCCGAAAAACGUAAAAAAUGCUCAAUCUCUUUUGAGUAGAUAAACGAAUGCUUUUUUCUACUGCUUUUAGGUAGGAUUAAUUAAAUGGUGAAAAAAACCUCAGUAUUAGGCAAUAUAGACAUACAUGCGAGAGAGAGCCAGCACUUUUUCCCCUUUUUUUGAAUCAGAAUUAUUCAAUAUUCAAUUCAUGACAAUUUUUUUAAUGUAUGUAUGUUACUUAUUGUCUAUCUGUUAACUUGAUUUGUUUGUACCAUUUCUAUACAUAUAGGAUAUGUGUGAUUAUGCUUCAUAGUAGACAGCGCUUGUUGUUAAAACUCGACCAGAGAGAGAGUGGACACCAAUGGGAGGGGGGGACCGUAAGACCCUUAACUUCAUGAUUUAGUUUUUACCUCGUGAGAGAGAAAAACAGCUCUAGUGACAUAUACCACUCGGCCAGGUGCCAAGUGCGUGUUCUAACCCACAACCAGUGGGUUAUAGGACUGAUUCUAUGAUGGAGAGGUUCUUGCAGUUUAUUUUUUCUGUUGUUUUUUGUAUAGUUUCCAAGCUUUUUUAUCCCACAAUAAGUUCAGUGUCACUGAUACCUCCCGCACAUCUAAAUCUGACGACAGUUUCAGGGGGAUAAACUUGUCCAGAUUCAGAGAUUUUUUAAGCUUUUUUCCGUGAUGUUGACCCAUGAAGUGACUAAGUCAAGUCACUUUUUUAUACUGACGCACUCUUGGGCUUCACAGUUGUGCUGCUCGAGUCCUAACUAUGUUUUAAGUCUGUUUGAUGAUGAUAAUGAUGAUACAGAGGCUUGAAUACUAAGACGUUUGAUACUGUAAACCAACUCUGACAAACGUUUGAAACGUUGAUCUUCAUUUUUGGAUUAUGAUUUUGAUUAUAGCCCCCCUCAAGCCACCAAUAGUUUGGUCUCUCUCUGUAGGUUAGAAAUUACACAGCUAUGGAUUCCUUCAGUAAUAUAUCAAUGUAACCACUCAUAAAGGUUAUUGAUACUUAAAACACUGAGACUGCUAGGUGUUUAAUUAUACUUGUAGUGGGUAGGUGAAUUUAAAAAAGAGUAUUACCACUGCAUGAAUUGUUCUACAUUGAUAUUAUUCACCAAAGGUUCCUCGAUGGUAAAUAAAGACAUGCUUGUUUAAGGGUGGGUAGUGCGUGAUGAGCACCUCACCUAGAGUGAUAUUUAAAUCAGCAAGUAUGGUAGAAGCCUGGCAUCACGGGUAUGAUUUCAUUUGUCAAGGUCAGUCUAACCUAUGUUUUAUAUAGGAACAACCUUGAUAAUGAAUCUGCAACCCUUGGAGCCAGUCAGAAAAUCUUGUUUACCAGAAGAGAGCCAGCAUAAAAAACAUUUAAAACAUUCUCUGUGUAUUCUGAAAGCUGUGUUGCUUGAUUCUGUGAGAAGUUUACAAAGUGUGGUCUGGGCAAAAAGGGCCUGAUUACUAGACUACCUAUGACCUUAAGUUCAUAAAAAUUUUGAAGAAGAAGAGGGCUGUGUUUUAAUGAUUAUUCAUCAUAAGUUUUUAUUACUCUGUUACUUUUGUUAUUGUUUAUUUGAUUUGUGAUAUUGUUAAUGUCCAUCCAUUAUGAUAUAACAUCUGUGAAGAAAAAUAUAUAGAUAGUCGAGUACUCAGAUCCUGAAUACCCGUGCAAAUGAAUUUCUGUUUCUUGUAUACUUUUGUGAAAUUGUGUUAGCCCAAGUACCCAUGGGCUUUAAAUAUAUUUAAAGAUAAAAAAAUCUGCCUAAUGGAAGAGAACUGGUGCAAUUAUCAACGUAAAAGUAUCGUAGUCGAUACUGUGAAUAGGAUGUAAAGGUGUGACAAUUGUGAUAGUCAUCAUUUUAAACAAAAAAAUAAUUAAGCUUCAGCAUAAAUGGCUUUGGAAUUCAGAUUUGAUGCCUUUUCAAACAUGUUUUGAAUGACUUGCUUAUGAAAAGGUCUGGUUCAAGAUUUGUUUGCAGUCAUGACAAGCAGUGCUUGUCAAGUUAUGUACAUAGACACUUUCUUGGUGUCUUGAUUACUGUGAGUUCGAAACAACAUGCACAGAUGUAAAGGCAUAUAAUAUAUUUAUAGAUACAGUCAGGAAGGAAUGCAAUUUCUGUACAGGCUUUUGUAAUAGCUGGAAAAAAAUAUGCUACGCUGUAGAGAAAAAUAAUGUUAGCCAGAGUGAAGAGUGUAUGCUAGUUAAAAAAAAAACCCAAAGCUAGGUAUGAGGACAUAAGAAUGAGAGUAGUGUGUAAGAAAAUCGCUAUAGGAUUUCUUCCUGAGGGCAGACUACAAAGGUCAUGAGAUUGUUCCUAUUACAGUUGGUUUUUUGGGAUCAAAAUGGAGAUAUUGGCAUCUAGUUAUGGAAAAAUUGUCCACAAGAAUUGUCAGAUAUUUGACGUCAGUGAAUUUGAGUGUGAUAUGUAAAUCGGAACCUCUCAUCUCAAUUGUAAUUUGUGUUGUGACAAGGGAGUUUGCGCCUUAUUGGUUCAAUAAGGCUCAAUAUCACUCAUCACUCCACAUUUUCUACCAAAUAUAGUGUAAACAAUUAUGUAUCAUGAAAUAAACCAUGAGAAAUA